AUGUCUCUUGCGACUCUGGAUGCAACCCAGCAUCCAUAUCUCCCCGCGGCCUCCGCAACGCUCUUCGGCGCGAAGGCGGCAAAGAAGCUAAGCUUUGAGCAGAUCGCUCAGCAUAUUGGUCGCAACGAGGUCGCCGCAGCGGCGAUCUUCUAUGGCCAGGCCAAAGCCUCGACCGAAGAUAUCCAAAAACUCGCAGGCCUGCUUGAUAUCCCCAAGCCGCAUUUGGAGGAGCAGCUCAGUGGGUUUCCUGAUCGCGGUCGCUCGGUGGAGAUGCCGCCUCGAGAGCCUCUCAUCUACCGGCUGUAUGAGAUCGUGCAGAACUAUGGGUAUGCGUACAAGGCAGUUCUGAAUGAAAAGUUUGGGGAUGGGAUUAUGAGCGCGAUCUCUUUCUCGACGAAGGUAGAGAAGGAAGUUGAUGCGGAUGGCCAUCCCUGGGCUGUCAUUACGCUUCGAGGGAAAUGGUGA